AUGAAGAAGCUCGCCUGUUGCGGCUUCGUGCCGUAUCGAUGGAACGCAAAGAAGGCCGAGUCGGACACUCCCAAGACCGACACUGUGCCGAGCUCGCGUCCUGUUUCUGCGUCUAAUGUGUCGCUCCCGGUGCCCCCCGGUCCCCAUCACUACCCCCCGGCCGCCCCGAUGAACAGAGCUAACACGGGUUCAUUUUCAUCGCGCGGCAAUGCCCGAACUCCCGACUCUUUUUUCGAUGGGGAUAUCAACCUUGCUGAAUACGCUGACGAUGCGGAGGAUGACGACAACGGACCCAACCCGCGCGAUGGACCCAUCGUCAGAUUGGUUCGACGUUUGUCCACAGACAACAAGAACGUCACUGGCUCGAACCCCCCGGCCAACCAAAACCCUGAGGCUCUUAAGGAACUUAAGAGAAGGAAGGCGGCGGAGGAUUAUAGGGCAUCAGUGAGGCUCCAAAACCAUGCGCGGAUUCAGGCCGAAAUUAGGAGCGAGAACAGCGGUUCUCGGUCUGUGUCUACGCGUGGAAGUAAGAGAGUCCGCGAGUUGGCAACAGUUAUGGAAGAUGCCAACGACCAGGGCGCCAACGAUCGGACAAGCAGCAUUACCAGUCACCACAGCCAGCAAUGGCGAAAGGGACUCGAGUUCUAUGUUGCUACUAGCGAAGGAGUUAGAGGCGUCGGAUAUCAGCCACCUAGAACUCCCCACCACCCGAUCACGAGGCCCCCUGCUGCGAGACUUAGGAACGACCACACCGGCAACAUCAGAGGUGACCGCCGUCGAGGCAGCUUCCCGAGACCCGACCUCGGUAGGGCCUCCGCGUCUCAGAUCGUGCUGCGCGAGCGCGGUUCACUGCCUGCCAUGCCCCCUCCUCCAGUCUUGACUGCCAGACAGACUCCCGAUGGCCAGGAUGACGCUUCUUUCAGAAGCUGGAACCUUUCCCAGAACACCGUUCAGGGUGACAGCCAGGCCACAAUUUCCAACCGCACUGGAGAUGUCUCUACCGGAACCACACAGAACACCUCCAUUUCCGACAUCCAAGGCACUUCGCAGUCGAAGACUCGUCGCGGUGAGCCCAGCCAAGGAAACAAGCAGGCAGCAUGCACCCCUGACAGCGUCACCGCUUCCAACUACUCUCGCGCUUCAGAGUCUUCGCAAUCUCAAGAAGGCGAGGCUUUGAAUAUCUGGCUUCUUACUCAGGACUCCCAAGAGACCUCAGCUCCCGCUAAUGAACAGCCUGCGAAGGGCGAGCCCGUGUCUCGCCAGACUGUCUGCAACGGAAAUUUGCCCAACACUGACAAGGAGGACACCCACUCCCCGAUUUCCGCUGGCCUGCCUGCCUCUGGAACUUCUGGCGAACUCACAAUCAAGGCUUUCCCAAGAGAUGAAAGCUCCUCUACCGAUCUCGAGAGUGCCUUGGCCAUGAACUUGGACAUGGAAGACGAGAUGGAUCGGAACACUCGCACGUCAGAGGAAAUGAGUGUUCGCGUUCAAGAGCCCGACCAGGAGCAAGUCUCCAAGCAGACUUCUGAGAACAACGAACAUGAGCCCAAGGACAAGGCGCUUCCCGCACAGGAGGAUCCUAUCCACCACGACAACAACGAGGAGAAGGGCAAGAUCAUCCUCGCUACCAACUUGGCUUCCAUUCCUCAGUAUCAGUCUUCUUCUGUUUACUCUUCGACGCAGAAUACUCGUCAGCCUUCCCCCGACGGCUCCAAAGAACCCAGCAGCGAUGAAGUCCCUAAAGACGUCCGCCAGGAGGGCUCCGACGAUACCUACCGGACGGCCGCAAGCAAGCGUUCUGGAUCAGACCCAGUGAUUCCCCCCAUUGCAGUCAAGCAAAUUGUUUCGGACAGCGUUGAGAAGUCCCAGAACAAGCUUGCUCCCGCAACCUCUACGUCUACUGCCUCCAACACCCACAGUCGGAAGUCGUCAUUCCUCAACCUCUUGCUUCAUCGCGCUGAGUCAAGCUCUAUUGGCCAUAGAAAGUCGAAGAGCCAGCCGUCCGCGAAGCUCACUCCCCUGAACAAUUCGUCGGAGGCGCUGGAUAUUCCCAAGCGGCUCAGCCAUGCCAAGAAGCUCUCCAACUUGAGCAUCAGAUCCCAUAUGCAACCGAUCUCAGCCGCUGAUGAUUUCCUUGCACCCCCGCUGAAGGAGAGUGCUACUGUUGUCUGGAAACGUGCCUUCGAGCUUGAGCAGAAUCUGCGCGACAAAUCUGUCGGACCGGCUCACUCAGAAACCACAGUUGUCAGUCCAGUCCCUGAUGAUGAUGCGGAUGAAGAUAUUGCAGUCAAGGACAACGGAGACAUCAACAGAGGCAACGACGCAGUCACUGCAGGUACCCAAUUCGCAUCUCACACUCGUGAGGAGCGCAACGCCGCUGCUGGCUCUACCGACCUUGUCAAGCAGAAAGACUUCGCUCUCGCCAGCACAACCGAUCAGCAAAGCUGGGUUACAGACAGGAAGAUGGGUGCCAAUGGCGACAAGGACGAGGAAGCAGCUCACUCGCUCUCAAAGAAAUUCGGCAAGGCGAUGAAGACCGGUCUGACCAAGAUGGUGCAGUCCAAGCCGAAGGGCAAGUCUGCUGAGCUGGAGUAUCCCGAACUCGAGAUUCUGCCGACCAAGGGUGGAUACAAGGACGUCGAGGCCAUCCAGCGAAGCGUCGCGACGCUGAGUCCCAGGCUACGGGCCAAGAUGGCCACUCAUCCGGCCCAAGCGCUCGCUGAUAUGGAGAACGAAUCGAGACAAUACGGAGGAGCCCACCACACUAGCGACGGCUCUGCUGACAACGCUGCUCUUAGAAACGACAAGAGCAAGGAUGUUGGCACAUCCGCCAAAGUUGCCUUGUCUAUUCGUCCGGUCACGCCGGCCAGCCUGGCCAUUGCCCCCAACGGUGAUUUGACGACCCCGACCACAACGGAGCACUGGGCUACUCCAGCUAGCCGGUUGUCUUUUAGCUCUACCUCCCACACUGAGGAGGGAUACAUUUCGGCGGUGGACGACAUCGAGUCCAUUGGCAAAUUGUAG